AUGUUCGUCGCCCUGUGGGCUCCGAUUCUGCUUUUGAUCUCUUCCCUUUUGGCCGUCGUCAUCGCUCAACAACCAAUACAGACCUUCUUCCCGGCAAGCAUCCCACUUGCCGUCCGAUCUCCGUACUUCAACGCCUGGCAAUCCUCCACAAACGGGACAAAUGUAACACUCCCAAACUCAUGGCUAGUGGACUGGACACAAGCGACACAAUCCGGGCUCUACGCCCUCGUUCGCGUCGAUGGCGCCUCUUACCAGCUCACAGGACAUCACAGCUACCCGCCCGCAGUCGGCGCCAUCGUCACCAACGUUCAGCUCACCCCGACACGCUCCAUUUUUGUCAUGAAAGCUGGCCCUCUGAACGUCACCUUCACCUUCCUAUCCCCUGUCGAGCCCCAAGAUUGGGUCAAGCAGUCGCUGCCUGUGACUUAUGUCUCGAUUGAAUUCCAUUCCCUUGACGGCGCGGUCCAUGAUGUUCAGGUUUACUGCGACGUCACCGGAGAAUGGGUAUCCGGCGAUCGCGCUACGGAUAGCUCCGGAGCUCCAGUGCAGUCUUCAGUCACACCGACUGACAGCAGCAUGUAUUGUUCGUACUCGUUGGAACAACCUCGGCCUUUCGAAGAGACUGCAAGUCUCGCUGACGACGCCAAGUCAUUCUUGGCGACCUCUUCUGGCGAUGGAAGGACAUGGGGAAUAGCAGACGGGGACCCUCAACGCUUGCCGUACAUUGCCAGUGGAAUUCUCCCAAACAAUAAGAACUCACUUCAUGUGGUGUGCGGACUUGCGAUCGACCUCAAGAACGUCGCGGCAACGACAACACCUAUCGCAUGGGCAUUCAGCGUCUUCCGAGAUCCCGUUAUCGACGAUGUUGUACAGGACUUUCCAGCCGCUCUCGCGCGCGCCGUCGCGCUUGACGCGCAAAUCAUGAACGCCGCAGUGCAGAUAUCCGCGGAAUACGUGGACCUGGUCUCCCUCGCGACUCGUCUGACUAUGGGCACAAUGGAGAUGACUGUAGGGCUCGACUCGCACAACAACAUCAAUUCUUCGGAUGUCAUGAUCUUCGUGAAGGACAUAGGGUCAUCCCACCGCAUCAACCCAGUGGAGAAACUGUACGCCGCGUGGCCUGCGUAUCUCUACCUCAACGCAUCUCUCUGUGGAGCAAUUUUGCGCCCCAUGUUGGAGCUUCAGGAUGCGAAAUCCGGGCAGCCAUACGCUUCGACUGACAUAGGCAGUUCGUAUCCCAAUGUCACCGACGCGGGAAGUCGGGGAAAUCCUGCCCAGGGUAUCGAAGAGUCCAGCAACGUGUUGAUCAUGUUGUACUCUUACGCACGCUUUUCCGGAGAAGGAAUGCUUCUCGCGCAGCACUACAACACCACAAAAAGAUGGGCGGACUAUCUGGUUCAGAGCGUACCGAGCUUCAGCGGCCAAAUUACCGCAGACCAAAGCACUCCCGGUGCAAAUCUGACCAACCUUGCACUCAAGGGAAUUAUAGCGAUCAGAGCCAUGGCGGAGAUCAGUCACACAGUGGGAAAUGACCCCGAUGUGGAGUUGUACAACGCCACCGCCUCAACUCUCAUUAACGAGUGGCAGUCGCUCGCCAUAGCCCAGUCAGACGGACAUAUCCUCGCGUCCUAUGGAGACCCGGAUACGUCUUGGACACUUGCCUACAACUCAUGGCUGCUGUUCACGGCCGCAACGAUGACGGACCCAGACGUGCGCGACCGUCUCACUCACGGAGGCUGGACCCGCGCGAACAGCAAUCUCACGUCCGGGGCGUUUAUGGACCACUACCACAAUGACGGGUCGAUCAUCGAUGGGACGGCAGGACCGAGCGUGGGCGCGAUGUUCUCCCAUUUAGCUCUGCAGUACCGAGGUUCCAACACGGGCGCGAUCGUGGGGGGCGUCGUGGGCGGGGUCGUCAUCAUUGGCCUCGCAGUCGCCACGGUCGUCUGCUUCCGCCGUCGGCGCAUGCGACGGACGUCGUCGCCACGGCUCGACAUCGACGCAUACCACCACAGCUCUCCGCAAGGCAGCUACCACGACCUCAUUCCGCACGCACGCGCGACGGGAGACGUACGAGAUGGACAAACGCCCCCGCCGUCCACCGGGCUUGCGUCGCCAGCGGCCGCGGCCGUCGGCGAGGCCCCGUCCGAGUUUUCGCAGUCGGCGGCGGUGUCGGUGACGACGACCGAGGUCGCUGCGCUACGGAGCGACGUGCAGGACCUCCGGCGGGCGAUGCAUGCGAUGGCGGAGCGCAGGCUGGAGCCGCCACCGGAGUACAGGCCGACACUGGACCGGGUGGAGACGGCACCAAGAAGGGAGAAGCUGGAUUGUGACUCAACUGACGGGGUGGGCGUGUAUAGCAAUAUUGCGGUCUAA